AUGGAGGAAAUUGAAGUGGAAUGGGAACGAUUAAGAUUGAAUGAUGAGGAGAGCAUUCCGAUACCUAUGGAUUUUGGAAAUAUGGAGGAAUUACGGAAAAAGGGGGAGAGGAGCUUAGUUGGAAGAAUAUGCUCAGAUCGAACAAUAGGAAAGGAAACUGUGAGGAAGAUGAUGGAGAAGAUCUGGCGAGUAAACAUGAGUAUGGAAUUUAAUGAGAUUGGAACAAAUACUUUUGUGGUGACCUUCGCAAAUUGUGGAGAUAGAAACAGAGUUCUUGCGGGGUGUCCAUGGCUGUUUGAUAGCCAUCUGUUUGCACUUAAACCAUUUGAUGGAAGUACACAGGCACACCUUUUGGAUUUCACAACGGCAAUCUUUUGGAUCCAGAUGCACAACUUGCCUCUUGGAGGAAUGAAUUGCAAGAUGGGGGAAUUGAUUGGUAAAUCCAUCGGGAAGGUUCUAGAAGUGGAAGGUGAGGAGAAUGAGGUGACUUGGGGUCGCUUUUUGAGGGUGAAGGUGGAGUGUGAUCUUACAAAACCUUUAGCCCGAGGAAGAACAGUGAGUUUUGAAGGGACACAGCUAUGGAUUCCAUUUAGGUAUGAAAAUCUACCUAGAAUAUGUUUUCGAUGUGGCUGUAUAAUGCACUCAAAGAAGGGGUGCUUGGGUGAAGAAUUGGGAGAUACAAAUGAAGAUACUAACUCAAAACAGUUUGGUGUUUGGAUGAGGGCUAAAACAGUUAGACGUAAUCAUACAUAUAGGCAACCAAAAGCUUCCGGAAUGGAAAGGAAUUCCACUAAUACUGAUCAAGGGGAAAAUGGAGAGGAGGUGAGAGAUAGAGGUGUAUUGAGGAAGGAAAAGGGGAGCAUGGAAGAUGGUGUUGAGACAACAGAGGUGAUUGAGAUGACUAAAGCGUUUGAGAAGCAGAAGAUGAUCCAUAUUAGGGAUUUUUGA